AUGGAGGCCCUUCGUCUACGCAAAAAGUACCCCGAGGUCUCGCAGGAUGAGCUGUUCGACCUCAUCAAUCGGUUCAAUGCGAUAUCUACAGAUACCCCAGGACGUGUCGACAAGAGCAACGUCUUGCAGGUUCUGCAGUCGAGCGGAGAGUCCUAUGACCGCGCGCGAGAGACUCUCAAGCACGUCAGUGUCGAUGCUAGUGGAAAGGUCGAGCUAGAGGACUGGGUUGAACUCAACGUGAAGCUGAAGCAACAAGCACCACCGACGGCACUGCCCUCGAAGGCUGGCAAGGUCACCGUCCAGGGCUCGAACGCAAAUGUCGCACACACCAUCAACGAGGAUGAGCGACGCGAGUUCACUCAUCACAUCAACUCUGUCCUCGAGGGCGACCCAGAUGUUGGAAACCGCGUCCCCAUCCCCACAGAUACUUUCCAGAUCUUUGACGAGUGCAAAGAUGGUCUCAUUCUCUCCAAGCUCAUUAACGACUCAGUGCCGGAAACGAUCGAUGCCCGUGUGCUCAACAAGCCAACGCCCAAGAAGCCUUUGAACGCGUUUCAGAUGACAGAGAACAAUAAUAUCGUUAUCACGUCUUCGAAAGCCAUUGGAUGUUCGGUCGUCAACAUCGGCUCGACAGACCUUGCGGAGGGUCGGGAGCAUCUCAUCCUCGGUCUCAUCUGGCAGAUCAUCCGGAGGGGUUUGCUCAGCCAGAUUGAUAUCAAGAUUCACCCCGAGCUGUACCGUCUUUGCGAGGAAGGCGAGACUAUCGACGAUCUGCUCAGGCUCACUCCUGAUCAGAUUCUGCUUCGUUGGUUCAACUACCAUUUAAAGGCUGCUGGCUGGAAGCGGAGAGUGAACAACUUCAGCCGUGAUGUCAACGAUGGUGAAAACUACACUGUCCUGCUAAAUCAGCUCAAACCCGAACAGUGUUCUCGGGACCCUCUCCAGACCCGCGACCUGAAGACGCGCGCAGAACAAGUGCUUCAAAAUGCAGACAGGAUUGGUUGCAGGAAGUAUUUGACGCCUACUUCCCUGCUCUCCGGCAACCCCCGUCUAAACCUUGCGUUCGUCGCCAACCUCUUCAACAAUCAUCCCGGUCUCGAGCCCCUUGACGAGCAAGAGGCCAAGGACUAUGGUAUUGUCGAGGAUUUCGAUGCCGAGGGCGAGCGCGAAGCGCGUGUCUUCACUCUUUGGCUCAACUCGCUCGGCGUCGAGCCCGCAGUGUUCAACCUGUUUCAGAAUCUGCGCGACGGCCUCGCCAUCCUGCAGGCAUUCGACAAAGUUCUUCCCGGCAGCGUCGUCUGGCGUCGCGUCAACAAGCCCAAGGCAGGCGCGGUCGACGUGCAGCCGCAGACGUACAUCAACGAGAAUGGCGAGGAAGAAGAGGUCGAGAUCGGCGUGACGCCGAACCAGUCGAACCUUUCGCGCUUCAAGCAGGUCGAGAACUGCAACUAUGUGACCGAGCUCGGCAAGCAGAACGGCAUGCACCUCGUCGGUGUGCAGGGCUCGGAUAUCGUCGACGCCCAGCGGACGCUCGUUCUCGGUCUCGUGUGGCAGCUCAUGCGCAUGAGUAUCACGAAGACGCUCAGUCAGGCAGCCAAGGGCCGGCCAGUCGGCGACCAGGACAUCCUCAAGUGGGCAAACACGACUGUGCAGAAGGGCAAGCCAGGGGCGCGGCCGAUCCGUUCGUUCAAAGACCCGUCGCUCACGACCGGCCUCUUCCUGCUCGACCUCCUCGAAGCACUGCGGCCCGGUAUCGUCGAUCCGAGCCUUGUUAUCAACGUCAGCGAGGCCGGAGACUAUGAGGAUCGUCGUCAGAACGCGAAACUUUCCAUCUCAAUCGCGCGUAAGGCGAACGCCCUUAUUUUCCUAGUGCCCGAGGAUAUCGUCGAUGUUCGUGCACGCUUGAUCAUGACCUUUGUCGGGAGUCUCAUGGCUCUGGAUCAGCACUGA